AUGGAAAUUGAUCAACCUAUACAAGCAGGUCCUGUAAAAGAUGAAAAUUUCAUUACAAAAUAUCAGGAUGCUGGUGCUGUCGUGAGUAAAGCUUUCCAUAAACUUGCUCCUCUUUUUGUUCCUGGUGCUUCGGUGCGUGAAAUAUGUGGUUUAGGCGACCAAUUCAUCGAAGAAAUGGUUGCUUCUAUGUACAAAUCAAAGCGAUAUGAAAAAGGUUUGGCUGAACCCACUAGCGUUUGUGUCAAUAAUUGUGCCUUCAAUUAUUCUCCAGGUCCUGAAACAUUGGUCAACAAUGUUGAGAACUGCUACCGUCUCCAAAUUGGUGAUGUAACAAAAGUUGCAAUGGCUUGUCACAUCGAUGGUUACACUGCUAGUAUUUGUCACACUGUGGUGGUAACACCUCCACCUCAACCCGGAAUGGGUCCUUACAUUGGGCCUGGGGCUGAUGCUAUCUGCGCUGCUCAUUUUGCUACCAAAAGUGUCGCGAAUAUGAUUUCCACUGUGGAUCCUUCAAAUCCUGUUACGGGUCCCAGGUUGCGUAAGCUUGUUGAAGACAUCGCUGCUCAAUAUCACGUUCAUGUUGCUCCAGGAUCUCGCAUUCGCCGUAUUGACAGAUAUCUUGUUGGACAGAUAACUGUUGAUCGACUGGAGGAAGGAAAGGACGCAAAGGCUGCAGUUGAAUGGCCUGCACCAGAAGAAGAAGAGGAGGAGGCUCAGAAGGGUUCUACGGAUCCCUUGGAUCCUGCUGGUGAUUUGCUGGCAGAUUUGGACAACUGGCAUGUUAUGCCGAAAGAAGCAUGGAUUAUCGAUAUUUCUAUGUCUUCUAAACCAGUUGACCACCUUAGAGAGCAUCCAGAUUUGAAACCUACGGUUUACAUACAUGAUGUUAAUGUUUCUUAUAUGUUAAAAUUAAAGGCUUCUCGAGCUUUACUCUCUGAAAUAAAGGAGAAGAAAUCCGUUUACCCCUUUCAUAUCCGUUCUUUAACUACGGAACGAAACCUGUUAGGUUUGAAGGAAUUGGUGGACAGACACAUUGUUGUGUCCCAUCCCGUGAUGGUUGCUUCUCCUUCUACACUUAUUGCACGUGAGGAAUUAACAGUCAUUGCUAAGCCUAAUACUUCUGCCGAUUUAUUCUGCCUAACUAUCCCAACUCCUCCUAGUUAUGUUAAGAGUGACUUUUCUUUAAUUGAAGGAACAGAUGCAUACAUGUUUGGCGAAGGUAUGCAAAGUCGUGUAAAGAUGGUUUCGCUGGAAUAG